UUGGCGAUCAGUGCGGUUUUGGAGUUCGUUGCGUUCGGUCGCGAGAUCUCAAUCUCAGUGGAACCCCUUCGAAAACACAGAUCCCUGGAUCGAUACGAAUUUUAAAUCGAUUCGCGAGUGCAUAACUCUAUCUCUUAACCAGAGGUUAACCAGAAAGUGUGUGUGUGUGUGUGUUAUUAUCAGGAUAAGCACAUCCUGCCGUAAUAAAUUAAAAUAAAAUCAGGCCUUAGGGCAAAACACCAUCAAGAUAAAAUAUUAAAAAAUAUAGAAACCCCAGAAACACACACACGUUAGCCACCGUUAGCCAUGUUGGCAAUGAAGGAUAAACCUUGGCUGCUGCUAUUUGGCCUAUUGGCCGCAUUAAGCUGUUUGGCCAGCUUUGGAGACGCUGCCUAUCCGUAUUAUGGCACGAAGAUCGGAGCCCUGACCCGCCUGCACCAUGGAGUCUCCGGCGAUGUGUACGCCGUGGACUCGCGCACCAUCUUCAUCAAGAAGUUCAACUACGAUGGCGAGGCGCCGGCGGCCUACUUCUAUGUGGGCAAUACGGCGAAGCCUAGUAAUGAGGGCGCCGCCCGGCUGAGGGACGAAAGGGGCGGAACCGCCUCCCUGACCCGCCGCUACCGGAAUAAGGACGUCACUCUGUCGCUGCCCGAGGGCAAAACGCUGCGCGACAUCAAGUGGUUCUCGGUGUGGUGCGAUGAGUUUGCCGUGAACUUCGGCGACGUCUCCAUUCCCGCCAACUUGGACUUCCCGAGGCCGCAGAAGAUCAACGCCCUGAGGGGCGUCCAUGGAGUGUCCUCCGACAACAUUGUCAUCGUGGACGCCCAGACGCUGCUGGUGCCCAACUUCAGUUACGACGGGGAGGCUCCAGAUGCCAAAUUCUGGGUGGGUCGUGGCCAGCGGCCCACUUCCGAGGGCCUAAGGAUUCCGGACGAGAACGGCAAGGAGAACCCGCUGCGUCGCUACGAGCGCAAGACCAUUGUGCUGACCCUGCCCGAGGAUCUGACCAUCUUCGAUAUCGGCCACUUUGGCGUUUGGUGCGAGGCCUUCACCGUCGAUUUCGGCCAUGUUCGCCUGCCGGAGGGCCUGAAUGUGCCGCCCUCGCUGAAGAUGCUCGGCAUCAGUCCACAGUCGAAGCUCAACUGCGAGGUGCUCUACGACGAUCUGGCAUUCGAGGUUCGCUGGGCGGUGGCCGGCGAGAGCAUCGUGGUCCAGUUGGUGGCCAAAUUGGAACCGAACCACUACAUGUCCUUUGGAAUCUCGCCGAGCAAGAACAUCUCCCAGAUGAUUGGCGCAGAUGCUGUGGUGGCCUGGGUGGAUCCCCAGACCGGAAACGGAUUCGCCACGGACUACUUCCUGGAGGGCAAGGCGCAGUGCUCAGGUGGGCGUGGCGCCUGCCCGGACACCAAGAUCUCCGAAAAGACCAACUCCAUCCGCCUGCUGAAUGCUGCCAUGGUGAAUGGCUACUCGAUUGUGACCUACCAGAGAUCUCUGGCUGCCACGGAUCGUUUGGAUUUGCCCAUCUCGAUUACAGAAGCGGAAUCGGUGGUCUGGGCAAUUGGACCAUUGAACGAUUACCGCGAGGUUUCUUUCCACACGUUCUACAAUAAGCACCUCCAUCAGAUCGAGUUUGGUCGCCAGCCCAAGUGGAAUUGUCCUCUGCCCGAAGGUGCUCGUCCUGGCAGCAACUCCUCGGAACAGGAGGACUCCGCUCCGGCUGCCCAAAGUUCAACCGGCGGAGCUGGUUACCCGCCAGCGGGAAGGCCCAAUGUGGAGCCCGACGAGGAGUUCUAUGAGAAUCGGGCGGAGGCACUACAUCGCCAGCCGCCACAGAGGCGCCAGGAAACGGCCAUAAUCACCCAGAGGCGUCCAGUGCCCACUCCAAAGCCCGUGAACAGCAACGGAGCCUGGGACAUACCAGCCAUCCAGUGCCACGAGCCGGAGGACGGAGUGUUCUACGCCCAGAUGGGUCCCACGGGAGGAAAGCACGGCUAUCCAGCAAUCACAGGCCAUGUCGGCUGGGGAAUUUCGUGGUACAUCAACGGACUUUUGAUUCCCGAGAUCCAUGUAGUGCGUGGCAGGACCUACACCUUUGUGGUGGAGGGCGGCAACAACCCGGACAUUCCGGCCAAGUACCAUCCAUUCUACAUCAGUGACGAUCCUGUGGGAGGAUACGAGCACAAGCGCGAGGAGGAGAAAAAGGCCGUUCGCAUCUACGCCGGAGUGCAUCGCUCCCGUUCCGGCCAAGUCACGCCCACCGGCGUGGGCCGCCUCUGCAACUGGACGCCAGACGUGGAGGGUCCUCCGGCUGAUGACUAUCAGUCAUUUGGCGCCUAUCAGCGCACUUUGACCCUCAAGUGCGACGCCGGAGAGCCGGGCGUCAUUAGCUGGAAACCGGAUAGAAAUACACCGGACACGGUAUACUACCACUGCUUCACCCACCGCUAUUUGGGAUGGAAGAUCCACGUCCACGAUGCCUGUGACUCAGAAGCCGGUGGACUCAAGGGAUCUGCUUCGGAACGCCACGAAAUCCGGCUGCCGGCGGAAUCCACCGCCGCGGAACCGGCUCCCGUGCACGAGGACUACGCCGGCGAGGCGUCCGUUCGGCACGAAACCAAGGUCAGCGCCAACGAUAAUUUUUUAUUGAAGCACCAAACCGAUUUGAUUAAGAACCACAAUAUGAACGGAACACCGCCCAAACUGAGUUUUGAAAUAACGAAAUCUUCGGAAAUAACCAAACUGAUUUCAGAUGGCAUCCGCGCUGCUGAGGCUCUCGAGGAGAGCCUAAUGAGGAACCCGAACCUGAACCAUCCCAACAACCAUCCCAACCAGUACCCGAUUCCGAAUCCGCACCAGAAACCGAACGUGACCCCGACCGAGAUCAACUCGCGCCCUGAGAUUCUGCUGGGCGAGACCCAUGCCCACAAGCCGAAUGCAUCUCCACCCGCAUCCGCAUCAGCAUCCGCAUUCCCAUCCCCAUCUGCAUCGCCAUCCCCUGCCACACUGAAGCUACCCAUCUUCGCGAGUGGUCCCCUUCUCAUCCACCAUCCCCCGCACCCCCUGCAUCGCCUGCACCACCAUCCGCAGCAUGCCCCCCAUUCGCAUCCGCAUCUCCAUUUGCAUCACCACAAUCUAACCGCUAAUCUUCCAGCACUGGCACAGAAAACCAUUGGACUCUCUGAGUUCCUUCGUCCGCCGCAGAAUGCACCGCUCUUCCAUCCAGUGAAGCUGCCCGGUCGUCGACCCUUCCCCGCACCCAUCAAGAAGGUUCCGGCCUCAAGGCCAGUGCUUCCGCAGCAACAUCCGCACCUGCAUCCGCAUCCGCAGCAUCCUGUCCUGCUGCAACAGCAGCCCUCUUUGAUUGUAAGUCACUACAGGAAGCCGGUGCCCGGUUUGCUCAAGCCUUUCGUCAAGGAGAAACCGUUUCCGCUGCAACCGCUUGCUGCUUCUGUUCUCCUCCUGGGACAACCCACGGAACUGGGCGGAGGAUUGGGCGGACUAAGUGCCAAGGGAGAACGACUCAAGGUCAAGGGUAAACCCAAAAUUCCAGUACCCUAUGUCGACCUAGAACCACAGAGUUCUCUGCAAAACACGGCCUUCUUCAAUCAGCCAGGUGGAAAAGGGGAUCCAAAACCCAUAACGCCUAGUUCCAGUUCCAUAACCAGCUCAACCACAACCACGAUGCCGCUGGUGAAACGUCCUCCGGUUAAGGAACCCUCUCAGGAGGAAAUCGCCAGCAUGCGUCCUGCUGUAAAUCAGGGCUUCAAGCCCGACACCGUGAUCGUGGAGAGCGGAUUCCGACCCAUCAUGAGAACCGAUGGCACGGGGGUGCAAUUGCCCAAGGAGAUCAUCGAACAGGUUGCCAAUCGUCGCGAGGAUCCUGGCACCGAAAUCGAUGAGGUGAUGGAAACGGAUACGCUAUUUUUGACCGCCCAACAAGGUGGCAGUGAGACUCAAAGCUUCGAACCCAUGUUUAUACCAUCUCCCUUGGACAGUACCAAUGCCUCUAAGAUAUUAAGGGUUAAUGUAAAGGAGGUUAGUCCCACGGCAUCGGCUUUGAGAUUACCCUCUGCAGCUCUGGAGCACGCCCUGCCCUCCGCUUCGGAGUUGAGAAAGCCCACCUUGGAUGAACUCUUUGGAGAGGAGAUAGACGAAGAGGAGCUGGGACUAGAACCCAUGCCGAUUGGAGAUGAUGAGGAGCUUUUAGAAGAGACAACCAAGAAGGCUGUCACAACCACUACAAAAGAGAUCCCAAGCUCGACUACCAAGAAACCGGAAUCCGAACUGCUGGAGGACCUCUUUGGACCCGAUGAAGAAGACAUAUAUGCGGACGAGCUGGAACUCGAAAUGGAUGACCGAGUGGCAGCCGCUGCGGAGCGGAUUGACACUUACUACCUGCCACCAGACAACCGGAAGGUUCCCCAUUCCAGUCUGCCAAGUGGAGCCCUCUACACCUUCGAUGGCAAGUCGGUGGUGGACAGUAGUCUGGUUCUACCACCUAAAUUGGAUGCAGCGGAUAUUGGUGGGGUCCACCAGCGACAUGCUCAGUAUGGGCUAACUCCCUUGGAGCAGCUUGUCCGAACCACACCGCAAUUUGGGAUCUUUAGAGGAGAGCUGCCGCAGGAAUUCCGUGGUACAGAGCCACAACCCGUUUCGGAGUAUUCUCAUCCAGCUCCAUUCAGUCGAACCAGUACCACUCCCGGAUUCUCCAGCAGCAGCAGUGGCAGCACCAUCUAUCCGUACUCCUCAUCGCCGGGUACAUCCACAUCCCUAUCGACAUCGUCAUCGUCAUCGUCCUCAUCGCCAUUGUCCUCAUCAUCGCUGAGACCCAUUUCCACCAAGUUGCAGCUCCUGAAGCCCGAGGGCCGAAGAGCGUAGGAUCGAUCAGCAGUAGCGAAAUUAUAAGCAAGAACUAGCAUUUAACCGUUUUGGGGUGUACUCUCAUAACCACGUUACAUUUACUCGUAAACCUGUAUUAGCCCGUAGUUUUCUUUUAACAAUUAUGAUGCUCUUAAUUUUAAACGAACGCAUGAAUUUUAUUAGCUAAGCUAACCGAUUGUGUCUAAGCCGCAUUUUAGUCGUUGUGAAAUAAAACCAAGAAUUAAUCUGA